ACUGAGCUGAGCACAGCCUCUGCUGUGUGCAGGCGCUUCAGCCAUCAUGAAGACUGCAGGCACGUUGAUGUUUGCUCUAGCCCUUUGCUGCUUCCCAGAUACUACUGCUGUGAAGGUGGAGGACUACUGCAGUGACUAUGUCAUACCCAGAACGUUCUGCACUCUGGAAUACAUCCCACAUUGCGGGUCUGACGGCAUAACAUAUGGCAAUAAAUGUUUGUUCUGCAAUGCAUUUCUUGUUAACUCCCUGAAGGGCUUCAGCUCCGAAACAGGAAUCCUCCCUUGCAAAGUUUCCCAUGGCAGACGCUGCUCGAAGACCUCGUCCUGAACCUUGAAAGCUUCUGAUGAAUCCUGAAAUCUCUGCUAUGUAAAAAACAGCAUUCAUAUCUUAUGUUAAUAGCUUAGGAGAAAACAGCACAAAACGUACUAUCAUGUGAUUAUAUCACAGCAAUAAUCCUUGGGUGCAGGUAUUAAUAGUGAAUUAAGGAAGAAAGUAUAUAUUGUUCUGAUUUACAAAGAAAUCAACUCCAUCUACAAAGGCAAUGGGCAUGAUCUUAAGAGUGUCUUAGUUCCUCCAGAUGUCUGAAAUAAAACCAGCAGUAGGAAUGUAA